AUGCCCAUUUCCCUCUUAAAUCAGACCUCAGUAUAUGAUAUUUAUUCAAAUUUAGACUCCUCAGUCUUGCGCGGGCUCCAUUUCAUCGGCCUAGUGAUUAGCAGUACGAUACCUUGGUAUCUUUUCACCAAGACUCCGCAACAAAUCAUCAUGAACCGUAUUCGCCCCAAACUGGAAAAACUCAAUACCAGACGAAGCGCAAAUUUAGAAGCUAGCUUAUCACUCACACCCAUGCAUUUCUUUUCGAUGUGCUUCCCCUCCCACACUGUCCUCAAUCGUCUGGCUCCGAAGUCGAGCGCUGGCCUCGCCAACGUCAUGCUAGCUGAGAUUGUUAUUAUUCGGGGUCUCAAACAGAUGUUGAGGUUUAAGUUGCAGCCUCCAAAGCUUGUGGCAAUUUUCAUGACGAAGAUAAUGGAUACCAGCCAACUCAAAGCGGCUAAAACCCUAGUUAUUCGCGACUUAUCUAGAGCGACGGUGGCAGAGGAGUAUGUGAUCGAUAACGACACUGAGGCUAACUUUGAAUUCUUAUGGUUACUCAAGGAGGUCCAGGCCAGGAGACCAGAUAGCCGACUGCUUGCUCUAGGAUUGUAUUCCUACUCUGCAAGCCUUUUAGCUAAAGUCCAUUUGUUCGUAUACGCAAUCGCAGCCAGGAGACAUUCUCGUCUUCUUGGAAGCAAGGGUACACACAAAACCUUGGUAACCGGUCAAAUCUUAUUCAAUGCCACAUGGCUUUGGCGCAUGCAGCGGGGCAAGGCCGAAUUCAGGUUGUCGAUUACAUCUUACUCUCGCAAUGGGCCUGAGACUUGUAUACACCAAGCCUGGAAGACUUUCCGGGUUUUCGUGGCCGUGAGGGAGACGACCGCUUUGAAGGGCCCAUUGCCUAGGGAACUGCUAUCGAUACGGAAGUUGCGCGCGGAAGUCGAUGUGAGUAUGGUCCAAAGGGAAAAAGGAGAUGGCGAUCACCGAGUGCCCGGGAAUAAGGGUCGAGCGUGGCACAAGAAGCCCUACUCUACGUUCUCUGGAGCAAAAACUGAAUCACUUGGCUAUUGGCCUCUUGUCAAUUCAUUCCUGCCGCUGCGUUUUGCUGCAAACACAUUUUCCCGUAGCCAAUUUAGAAGAGAGAUAUUAUUCCGGAGAGUUUUGACAAAUAACGAUGAGCGGUUUGGCUCUGCAAAGUUGGAACGAGGAGAAGGUUCUCAUCGAGAUGGCCGAUGGAUGUCCACUGUCGUGAAAUUCCCCGCACCUGACGAUUCCUCUCCCUGUGAGACGGCUCAAACAACAGCUUCUGCACCCCACAUCCGACCAACCCACGCGGUGACUUUGGCUAUUGACCUUCAGCAUCGCUCAAACGCCAGCGCCUGCAUGAGCUUGGAACCCCGCAUUAGGCUAGCUCCAGAAGAGGAGCUUGAAGAGCUUCCACCCUAG